AUGUCAACGGUAGAUCCGAAACGAAACCGUCCAUUUAGAAGAGUAUUAUAUCGAGAAGAUUCAACGGAUUCAACGAUCAUUCAAGAUGUUACACCAAGAUUUGACGGUUAUCUAACAGAUUCUGAUGCUAAUUCUAAGAGACAAUCAAAUAUAGUUCAAAUGACCAAUGCAUCAAGAAAACUCAUGCAUCGAGAGGGAAUGAAAUAUAAACCACCGCCAACACUUAUCAAAUAUUUUACACGCGUCAAGAACGAUCCAAUGUCGAAAUAUUUAAAAAAUCUUCAACAAUAUAAUGGGCAGAUUAGGAAAACGAGUACGUCCAAUGAUUACGACAGUAAAAGUAUGCCGUAA